GACGAUGAUCUGAGCCUGCUGGUCGUGAUCAUUGACACCAACCCCAUCUGGUGGGGGAAGAAAGCGCUGGGAGAAGCUGAGUUCACCCUAUCAAAAUGCAUCGAUGCAGUGAUGGUGCUGGGAAAUUCACACUUACUUAUGAACCGCAACAACAGACUUGCUAUGAUAGCAAGUCACACACAAGAAAGCCGUUUCUUGUACCCUGGGAAGGGUUGGGCUGCUGCAGAUCUCUUUGGAGAUGGUGGUAGUUCCGUGGAAUCUAAUUGCUCUGGCAGCAAAGAUGGAAAAUAUGAAUUGUUAACAGCAAUCAAUGAUGCAAUUGCAGAAGAGAUUAAAGACCUCAUGACAAAAACUGACAUGAGGGGCCAGCAGACAGAAACUCUGUUACCAGGAUCACUCGCUAAAGCACUUUGUUAUAUCAACAAGAUGAGCAAAGACGUAAAAGGCAAUCAAGAAAUGAAAUCAAGGAUUUUGGUCAUAAAAGCAGCAGAAGACAGUGCAUUGCAAUAUAUGAAUUUCAUGAAUGUGAUCUUUGCAGCACAGAAACAGAGUGUUUUGAUUGAUGCUUGUGUGUUGGACUCUGAUUCAGGUCUUCUACAGCAGGCUUGUGACAUUACGGGUGGCAUAUAUCUGAAAGUGCUCCACAUGCCAUCCCUUCUGCAGUAUUUGUUGUGGGUGUUUCUCCCUGAUCAAGAGCAAAGAUCACAGCUUGUCCUUCCACCUCCAGUUCAUGUUGACUACAGAGCUGCAUGCUUCUGUCACCGAAAUCUCAUCGAAAUCGGUUACGUGUGCUCCGUGUGCUUAUCAAUAUUCUGCAACUUCAGUCCUAUUUGUAGUACGUGCGAGACUGCUUUCAAAAUCUCACUGCCACCUGUCAUGAAAGCUAAGAAGAAGAAAUUAAAGUUAGCUGCGUAA